CCAGUCAAUCAUUAUUCACAAAGUAAACAGGUUUAGUGACAUACAGUUUAGCCAGAUAGAUUGAACUGUCUGAGUGCAGAGUUUUACUUGUACGUGUCACUUAGAAAAAAGUUAUUUUCUUUAGUCCAGGCAGUGCUGGAGGAGCCUUUUUCCAGCCAGAGUGGAUGAACUGAUUGGUCCAUGGCCCAAGUCCUAACACACUCUCGCUCUGUUCUUCACUGGAGCCCUCUAUGGGUCAGAAGCAUGUGUUCACUAGAAGAGCAAGCUCGUGCGAUCUUUGCUGCCGCUGUGGAGGGAGUGCAGCCGGACAGCGUGGUGCGCAGAGCUCUACAGCGACGGGGCGAUGAGCUGGUGGUUUCUGAGCACAGUUUCAAGCUCUGUCAUAACCUGCAUCUGGUGGGUUUUGGGAAGGCUGUGCUGGGGAUGGCUGCAGAGGCAGAGAGGAUUGUGGGAGAUCACCUGGUUCAAGGGAUAGUUAGUGUGCCUCAUGGAAUUCAGGAAACACUGCAACGUCACAGGAAGCUAAACAUGUUGCUAGAGGCCAGCAGUAAAAUCAAAGUGAUGGAAGGAGCUAAACACAACCUGCCAGACACAGAUGCCCAAAGGUCAGCAGAGAGCAUCUGGAAACUCGCCAGCAAUCUUACUGAGCGAGAUCUGCUGCUUGUCCUCAUAUCAGGUGGUGGCUCUGCUUUACUACCCGCUCCAGUGCCACCAAUAACCCUGCAGGAAAAACAGGAAGUGACACGUCGCUUAGCGGCUGCAGGGGCCUCAAUUCAGGAGUUAAACACAGUGAGGAGAGCCUUGUCACUGUUGAAAGGUGGAGGCCUGGCCCGUAGCGCAGACCCUGCUCAGGUGGUGGGUCUGAUUCUAUCUGACAUCAUUGGCGAUCCAGUUGAUCUCAUAGCCAGUGGGCCAACAGUAUGUAGUGAGACGUCACUGGAGGAAGUCUGGGCCAUCCUGAACCGCUACAACCUCUCUGCCACUCUCCCGUUAUCUGUGAAAGAGGUUCUGAAUCAAACUGGUUCCCAGCAGAGAAGCCGGCUGAAGGAUCAACCACAUCAAGUCAACAUUUUCAACGCCGUGAUUGGCUCCAAUGCUAUUGCUCUGGAAUGCGCCAGCCAUAAAGCACAAGACUUAGGCCUUCGACCAGUAAUUCUAUCUCCAGGGGUGAGUGGUAAUGUCCAAGCUGUGGCCCAACUGUAUGGUUUGCUGUCUCGUUUCGCCUGUUCUCCAGGGAAGGAGUCUCCAGAGCUCAGAGCUCAGAUUCUCAAACUGGGAGCAGAGGUUGGGGUUAGGAGCUGGGAACUAUGUAACACAAUGGAACAUUUGGAAGCUGGCGGGCAGGAAAACAGGCAUGCCACAUGCCUGCUGGCUGGAGGUGAACCCACUGUCCAGCUACUGGGGAAAGGCAGAGGUGGAAGAAACCAAGAGCUAGCCCUGAGGGUGGGCCUAGAGCUCAGCAGGGCACCGGAGAGAAGCAUGACCAUGUUCCUCAGCGGUGGAACCGAUGGUCAGGAUGGCCCUACUGAAGCAGCUGGAGCAGUUAGUGAUGGGAACAUAGAAGCAGAGGCCAAAAGUCAGGGACUAUGCAUUGAUGGAUUUCUUCGCAACAAUGAUUCAUUCACGUUUUUCUCAUCCCUUUCAAAGGGGCAGAAGUUGCUUCUGCCAGGGCUCACAGGUACCAAUGUAAUGGAUGUUCAUAUGAUGAUUCUGCCUCCACCAACACAGAGUAGCUGAUCGAAAAGAUUCUUUACUUGGUAUGAGAUUUGUAAGGAAAACAAUACGUUUAAGCAUAGUAAGAUCCGUCUAUUAAGAUUGAGAGCAUCAAACAGGAUGUUACUAGUGCUACAUACAAUUUUUGUACAAGUUUUGUAAGACAAAUUGUGUGUGUAAUCUAUCUAUCUAUCUAUCUAUAUAUAUAUAUAUAUAUAUAUAUAUAUAUAUAUAUAUAUAUAUAUAUAUAUAUAUAUAUAUAUAUAUAUAUAUGUAUAUAGAUAGAUAGAUCUGUGUAUCUUGCUUUAAGACAAAUUGUAAAUGUACUAAAUUCAGCUCUAAUAGUGACCAAUAAUCUCACUCAUCACAAAAGUACCAGAAUUAAAAAUUAAAUUACUUAUAUAUAUAUAUAUAUAUAUAUAUGAAUGACAGAACUCAUCUGAAAGAAUGGCCUUUUAUUGUUUUUCCCAACAGAGUGUAAAAGGCUUUCACUCAGAGUGCAUAGGUAGACAGUCUGCCCUUCUACAAAAACAACUGCCUGGUUAGUGUACAGACAAAUAUGCUUCCACCUUUGAACAUACUUGCUGUUAUUUUUAUUCAGUCAACGAUGGAAUAAGAAGCUGGUGAAAUUAGGGUGAAAUCCCAGUAAAGUUUUCAGCAAGACUUACAAGACAACAAUGCAUUGUUAUGUUAGAAUUUGGUGUAUUGUUGUAGCCAACUUUAUCCCCAGGCUCAGUUACAUCAUGCUAAAUGUGUCAUAAAUUAAAUGGUAAUGUAAUUGUUGCUGCUCAGAAGCUGUGCAGUCUGAGACUAGGAGAGCAGGGUCUUCACUGCUAUAUGUACAAGCUUGCAGCUGAAAGGAUGGACGUGAAGUUUAAUCAAUGUCAGGAUUUAUAUAAUUUUCUUAUUACAAAGAGUCUUUCCAACAAAGUGCCGCUAGGUGUCAGCAAAGAGUCAGUCACGGUUCUUCCGAUUCCUUUUCACCAAGCCAGACCUGGUUCCUUCUUCUUGACAAUCUUGUGUACAGAUAUCACAAUGAUUUCUCAAAACCUUCACAUGAGCAUCUCCUGAAUUUUUUGUUUUUUCCUUCAGCAAUUUGGUUACAGUAAGUCUUAGGUCUUAUUAGUCACUGUGGUUCUAACUCAAGCCAAAAUGAACCCAACUGG